GUGGGAAAUGUUCUUGCAUGUUUGUUUGUGUUUGAAUCACGGAGCCCGUGCGCUGUGAGGCGUGCGACCAUAUACAGCAUUAACAACUGACAGGGCUGUGGGGCCACACGGCCCGAUGCUCGAUAUAUAAAGAGGGCCUGAACUUUGAGCUGGAGCUGUGGCUGAAGCUCUGACUCUCAGGAUGAACACCCUCCACGCUCUGGUUCUCGUGGCUGUGGUCGUGUCUAGCUACGACAGGGCGCUACACCAGUUCAGGAAAAUGAUCCAGUGCACGAUGCCCGGCAGCAAGCCGAUUUUGAACUACGCUGACUACGGCUGCUAUUGUGGAUAUGGCGGCAAUGGCACGGCUGUGGACGAUCUGGAUAGGUGCUGCCAAGUGCACGACAAUUGUUACGGUGACGCCAUGCAGCUCGACGAAUGCUGGUCCAUCCUCGACAACCCUUACACCAAGGUCUACUCCUACAGCUGUGAGGAAGCAAACAAGACGGUCACCUGUGGCAAGGAUAACAACAAUUGUGAGAUGUUCAUCUGCGAGUGUGACAGGAAGGCCGCCGAGUGUUUCGCCAGGUCGCCUUGGAUCCCAGAGCACGAGCACAUGCCCAGCGACCAUUGUCAGUAAAGACCUCCGCAGUAUAUCGAACGCAGGAUUCAUUCCUACACACCCAUCGUUGAGCUCUCAGGAGUGGCAGAUUGUUUUUGACAGCUCAUUGAAAUAUUCACUUCGACUCUGUCACAUUCACAGUAUCGUGAUUUAUUUUCUGCUUCUGUCAUUUUUUCCUGUGCAUAAACGUCUGUUGUUCCCUCCAUGUGCUGAAUCUUUUGUUAGCUGUGGAUCUGCUUCCCUCAUUAAGUGAAGGCCAGUUAUUCACAGGUAUAAUCCUAACUCAAGGUUCCAAUAGAGGGCGCUCUCAUCUAGCUUUUUCUUUCCUUGCUUGCAGGAAGUAAUAUACAGACUGUCGACUUUAACAUUUGCUCUUUAUCCAAUAAUACAAAUACUUCCAGUCAAUAAAGAAGAUAAAAAAAUGAGAA